GCGAAGAUGUCUAAGGAGUAGGGAGUAGAAAAUAUGGCCCGCCAGCAGUUGGGCUUUCAUACCGCACACGUGAACAAGCCCAUGGGUAGACGGCCGAGUCAGAGUCCAGUGCGAUGGCCACACAGAGACAGUGUCCGGUCCGGGUGCUGACUGCCGCCAGCGUCGUUAUUAUUCCGCAGCGCUCCUCUCCGGACCCCGUCUCCGUCUUGGCGUCGCCACGCCACCGCCACCGCCACCGCUCCUCCGCCGGCGGGGUUGCAAGUCUCCAGCCCAGCCAUGGAUGGGAUCAUGAAGGUGCUCGAUCACACCGUCCGGGAGAUAAAGCGAGAGGUCAAUCUCAAGGUGCUCAAGGUGCCAGAGAUCGAGCAGAAGGUUCUUGACGCGACGAACGAUGAGCCGUGGGGGCCUCACGGUUCAGACAUGGCGGACAUUGCACGGGCCACCAAGAAUAUCGGCGAAUGCCAAAUAAUUAUGAAGGUGCUGUGGCAACGGUUGGGCAACACCGACGCGAAUUGGCGUCACCUGUAUAAGGCGCUGGCUGUGGCUGAGUAUCUUCUGGCCAAUGGCACUGAGCGCGCAGCUGAGGAAAUCAUCGACAACAGCUCACAGAUUGCGAAACUCACCACAUUCGAGUUUGUGGAGCCUGGUGGAAAAGAUGUUGGGCUCAAUGUGCGCAAGAAGGCUGAAGCUGUUCUGGUCAUUGUGGAUGACAGGGAAAAGCUUCAACAAGCCAGGGAGAAGGCUGCUUCUACGAGGGACAAGUACUUGGGGGUGUCAUCAACUGGAAUGUCAUCAUACAAAUCAAGCGCAGCAUCAUUUGGCAGUGGCAGCUACUCCUCUGGUAGUCGCUAUGGGAGCACAGCUGGUUCAAGGGGAACUGCCUCGUUCAAGGAUAGACACACUGGCACAGAAUUGAGCAAGAACAAUAAUAAGCCAAGUUACAGCAGCACUAGACAAAGGCCAAAAGAAGCUACUAAUAAGAGUGCAAAUAGCUCUAAAUUAGCAAAGGGAGGCUCCAAAUCAUUGUCGAAUCCACGUGCCGCACCUGGUGUUCCAAGUUCACAGAAAGGAAAAAAUGAGGAUGAUGGCGACGAGUUCAAUCCACGAGGAUCUUCCACAUCUGAUUUCCAGUCAGCCAAUGCCCCAUUAGAGGCAGCAACGUCAAGUGGUUCUCACCCUCAGGACAACAUUGAUCUAUUUGCUGGCAGACCAUCCUUUGGUGGCUCAGCUACUGCAGACAUGGAGUUCUCAGUACGUGGUGCUCCCAAAAAGCAUAUAGAGCAAAAAACUUCUUCCCCUGCGCAGCCCUCUGCGUCUGCUUUUGAUCCCUUCAACCCAUCCUUUGCCACAAUAUUCCCUUCGGACACAGAGUUUUCAGUGCGUGGCACCCCAAGCAAAUCCAAAUCCUCACAAGGAAAGCCCCCCGCACCUGAAAAUUCAAGUGGCACGACUUUCGACCCUUUGGCUGGAAUUCGGGUGAAGAGUUUCAACGGAUCAAACUCUUCUGGUGUAUGGUCUUCAAGUAAAGGAUCAGCUGUUACUGAACCAACACAUGGUUCUCCUGGGGCCACCAAGAGUUCUGAUUGCAGUCCUUCGGAGGAGUUGAAUUUUGGGGCCUUUACGUUGCACAAGGAAUCACGCACGGUAAGUGCCACCAAAUCCAUGAACGAGUCACUCGCAAAGCAGAAGCAGGACUCCAUGCCAGCAUCAAAACCAGCUGUGAAGGGAGAGACUUUUCGGGUCAAAUCUAGCAUUUGGGCUGACUCUUUGAGCCGUGGGUUGAUUGAUUUGAAUAUAGCUGCCCCAAACAUUGUUGGUCCUUCAGAUGCCGGGGUCGUUGGGCGGCUCAGCAACGGCUCUGAGGAGAAAGCCCCAGAAGCUGUUCCAUGGUACAUGGAGGCAGCAACAGGCACUACUGAGUUUCCACGCUCCACAGGAGCAGGUGGUGAAAGCCGCAUUUUCCAGCAGCAGCAGCAGCAGCACUUUGGGAACUUCAGGUGAUCCUUGUUCAGGGUUGUAUAUUCUCGCUUACCUUGGGUGGGCAUGCCUCUCCAUCCGUGGUUCCCGCGAUAUCUGAUUCUGAUCUGUUGCGCAUCUCUACAUUUUUGCACCUGAACAUGUACCUUUUUCUUUUCGAGGUAUGGACAUGUAUACUCUUCUUAUGCAAUGAUCAUUAGAUGUAAUCUGGGUCCUAGAGAAACACCUGUAAUCUGCGUCCUAGAGAUGCUACUAUGAUUUCGUAUACAUUAAAAUGUUAAUAUACUUUGGGCAGU